AGUCUUUUACGGGACGUGGUUGAGUGACCACGUUUUCGAAAAAAGCGGAACGAUCAUAUUGUUUAAUAUUAUUUAUAAAUACUCAUUUGCAUUUUUGCGCGUCUUUAGUGGUCUUUAAUUUUGUAUUUUAAAGUAAGAACUGAAGUUUUUAAUUAAAUAUAAGUAGUGCUUAUUGGAAUAGACAAAAAUAUUAGAAAUAUUGUGUUAUGUGGUAUAUCUUUGUGAUUUCGUAAACUGGGAUUUCGAAUCGUCUGUCAAUAAUUUAUGAUAGGAAUUCUUCUCAAAGAUGAAUAACAGCGCUGUUCAGAUUUGACAAGAAACCAGAAUAUCAAAAUGGAUAACACUACACGAUCUGCUGAUGAGCAAGUAAACAACAAUACAGAAGAAUGUAAUAAAAACGAAAAGAGAAUCCCUACCUUAGAAGAUUUAAAUGAAAAUAGAAACCAAAGGGCAAAAGAAGGAAUUAAAGAGAUAAGACAGGAACCGGUAUCCAUUAUAACUAAUUAUUGCAAAAUGAAGAAAUCGAACUACUUCCUUUAUAAGAACUUUCAUUAUAAAGAAGAACUAUCGCGAAGAAUUGCUAUAAAAAGAGAAUACGGGUUUUACAAUUAUUGUUUUGUAAGUGUUUGUAUUAGUUUUAUACUAGGAUUAUCUAUUGGUGUUGUUAUAAUGGGAUCACCACAAACAAAUGUAAUGAAUCCUGUAUAUGGUGCUAGAAAAGGGAUAAAAUUAAAUAGCUCGCGAGAUGUUCAUUCAAGAAGUUUAAAUUCCAUGAAAUACAAUAAUGUUCCUAGAACAAAUAAUAAUGUAGAAAUCAAAAGAGAAGACAAAGAUUUAAACAGAUUUACGUCUGUGUCAUUUACCGGGGACAAUGAAACGCAGAAUUACAAUAAAGAUGUUUAUCCAAAAGGUCUAACUGAGGACAUGAAAGAGAUAUUAAAAGAUAACAAAAAUACUCAUCACAAGCACUCCAUCGCUAAUGUUAUUACUAACAAAACUGACUAUAUUCCUAAUGAUCAAACUGUCUUAUACGAUAACAUUUAUUGGGGGCCAGAAGUUGAAAACUCUAUGCCUCAAGGUUACGGAGAAAAUACUGCUGAAAUUUGGGAAAGAUAUGUUGAGCAGAGCGAAGUAAUUAAAAUGGAAAGUGGAUGUGGUAGAAUGCAGAAUCGAUUAGUGACAUUUAAAGAUGGAAUUCAAGCCUGUGUUCGAUACAGACAAAACACUGACCAAAUUCAGGGCGAAAUUUUUAGCUUUUAUGUGGGAAGAUUAUUAAAUUUGACAAAUUUAGCACCGUCGGUUGUUAAAGUAGUCGAUUUGAAAGACAAACUUUGGCAAAGCGUUGCUGGAGAUAUUUCUUCUGCUCAAUGGAAUUCUAAUAGAGCUGUUGUUCUUACUCAAUACAUACCUAGCCUAGAAUCGGCUACAAUUCCAGAAGUUUUUAAGCCGUCAAAUAGACAUCUCAACAAAAUAGAUGUUUUAAAAAUGUCUUUAAAGGAAAACGAUGUUAGGGAUACAGCUAAGCAAAUUAUGAUCAAUAAGCUAAAAGCAAAAAAUGUUAAACGUCAGCAAAAGGAUACCGACGAGACGUUUGAUCACAUAAAAAUUAAAUUGACAAAGCAAACAAUUCAGCUUUUUGUUGAAUUAGCUCAAUGGUCUGACCUCAUAAUAUUCGACUACCUUACAGCUAAUUUAGAUAGAAUCGUUAAUAACUUGUUUAAUUAUCAAUGGAACAUUAACAUCAUGGACGGCCCAGCGCAUAAUUUGGCAAGAAAGAUGGAUAGUGGAUUGCUACUAUUUUUGGAUAACGAAUCAGGGCUCCUUCACGGAUAUAGACUGCUAAAAAAGUACAAUGUGUAUCACAGUUUAAUGCUAGAUAACUUGUGUGUGUUUAGGAAGAGAACCGUUAACGCUUUAAAAUUUUUAUAUGAACAAUCAGUAGGUGUAAAAUUGAGUGAAAUGUUUCAUCAAAAAAACAAUGCAGUGAUAAGGGACAUUUUACCGCCUUUGCCGGAAAAAAAUGCGAAAAUUCUCCAUGAAAGAAUAGGCAAAGUUUUAAGUCAAAUAGAAAAGUGUGAACAAGCAUUCGGUAAUAGAUAGCUCUGUUAUAUUGUAAGACUUGCACUGAAAUUAUUUACGACAUUAAAUAUGAUACUAAUUUCUCUCCAAAUGUAUCUAGGUAGUAGAUCCCUAAUUUAAAAAUUGUAGAUUUUUCAAAUAUACGCGUCAGUCAAUUUUAAAAGGCAGUGUAAUGCAAAUUCAAGAUGCAAUAUGAUUAUUGAUGUAUUUUUUCAGUGCUAGUCGAAAAUAGACUUAUAAGCAUUUCUCGAUACCAAAUACUCUUAUUUAUUGUAAAAAAAGCAUAAAUAACGUGCCAGUAUAUGUAUUUGAAGUGAUAUUAAAAUUUAACCUAAUAUAGUUAAAUUGUGAAUAUAGGAUAUAAUAUUUUUAAAUAAAGUUGUCAAUUUGUUUGUAAAUUGUGUACAUAUAGCUUUAUAUAUACGAGUAUAUAUUAUUUAAUAAAUAUGAACGUUUCUUUUCGCCGAGUAAAAACAUAUUAUUAAUUAUUAAAUGACUAUUGUAUAACGCGUAAAAAUGUGGUAGGUAUUCACUAUUUCCAUUCGAAAAAGUACUUUGUCAGUAAAGGAAUAUCUACGUCAUUGGUCUAAGGCGCAACCUUUAAUAAUAAAAUAUGUAAAUACAUGUAAAAAAUGUAAUUAUAAUGAAUAAAUGAUUUUUC